AUGGCGCCAUUUCACUCCUUUUUGUCUUUGCUUUGGCUGCUUUUGUGCGGGGUUGCCAACGCGCAGGGUCUUGAUCAACCGAUCGCGCAAUCAAACAAGGCUGUGCGCUUCGAGAUCACCCUUACCUGGGAAGAAUGGUCCGCGACAGGCGCCCCCCGGAAGAUGAUCCUCACCAAUGGCCAAUUUCCAGCGCCCGCACUGCAGUUGUGUCAGGGCGACAAUGUGGAAUUUCUCGUCACGAAUAAGCUUCCUGUGGCUAGUGCUGUCCAUUUCCAUGGGAUCUCCCAAACCGGCACACCCUGGUCGGAUGGCGUGCCUGGAUUGUCGCAGAAACCCAUCCCGCCAGGUGGACAGUUCCUUUACAAAUGGCGCGCUACGGAAUACGGCAGUUAUUUCUACCACGCUCACAGUCGAGGUCAAGUCGAAGACGGAUUGUAUGGAGCGAUCUAUAUUCGGCCCGACGAUACCAUCAAACGGCCGUUCAAGCUCAUUGCCGACGACGAGAACGACCUGCGCGCCAUGCGCAAAGCCGAGGACCAGACCCGUCCGAUCAUUCUAUCGGACUGGCGCCAGGUGACCUCUGAAGAGAUGUGGCGCGUCCAGAAAGAAACUGGGCUCGAAGCAUACUGUGUCAAUGCACUCCUGAUCAACGGCAAGGGCUCCGUGAAUUGCCUAGGCGAGAAGGCGCUGGACGAGGCCACUACGCCCGAGCACCGGAUGAUUCUGGGCAAACAGAGCCUGUCGGACAUAGGGUGCAUGCCUCCGACUCUUGUGCAAGGGGACUAUCCCCACAACCUCACUGAUGUGCCAUCCUCCUUCUGGUCAGGCUGCGUCCCGUCCCAAGGAGCGCAUGAGAGGGUGUCCGUCCAGCCCUUCGACAAAUAUGUCAGCUACGAUCUGAUCGGCGCAGCCGGGCUGGCCAUGACUGUCUUCUCGAUUGACGAGCAUCCCAUGUGGAUCUACGCAGUAGACGGCCGGUACGUCGAACCGGCAAAAGCCGACUCCCUCAUCAUCGCCAACGGCAACCGCUACUCGGUGCUCGUCGCGCUCGACAAGCCAGCAGGGGAUUACACCAUCCGCGUAGCCAACCAAGGCAUCAACCAGAUCAUCAACUCCACAGCCGUGAUGUCCUAUACUAGCCCUCCCAAAAACCCACGGCGCGCCUCAACCCCUUCCAUCGACAUCACCGGCGUGCCCCUUGGCAAGCAUACCGUCCUAAACGACAACAAGCUCGUACCUUUCCCCGUAGAGGUCCCCAGCCAAGACGUGGCCCAAACGCACCCUCCCACUCUCCCUCGAGCACGACACCCGCUCCUCUUCCACCCUGACUCUGGCCCCAAAGACCUAACCAUCUCCACCCAAAACGGCACCUGGGUCGACCUGGUCUUCGCGGCCGUGCGGCCCCUCCAGCCACCCCACCCCUUCCACAAACACUCCAACAAGUUCUUCGUUAUCGGCGCCGGCGACGGCGAGUGGAACUACACGUCUGUUGCGGACGCCGUGCGCCACCGCCCGGGGGACUUCAACCUCAAGACGCCGCAGAUCCGCGAUACGGCCACUACGCCGCCGGCGGCGACGGGGCCGACGUGGAUGGCCAUUCGGUACCACGUGGUUAAUCCUGGGGCGUUCUUGCUACACUGUCAUAUCCAGGUGCAUCUGACUGGGGGGAUGGGAGUGGUGCUGCUGGAUGGGGUGGACGAGUGGCCGGAGAUUCCGGAGGAGUAUCGGGAGGUGGAGGCUUUGUAG